AUCUUACGUGUUCCCUCCACUUGCCAAUUAGGACAGCUCUGAAGACAUUUGUGCAGGAAGGCAGUUAGUAUGCCCUUUCAUGAUAAAGGUAUAUGGCUUGGGGCGUGUUCAAGUUCAGUAAGGAUGGAAGGCAGCAGCUAGUCGGCGUGCUGCGGGGGUUACUGAUCGCGCAGCUGGUCGUCUCCCUGUGCAUGGUCAUCUUUUGCUACAACAUCUUGCUGAAGGUUCUCGCGCUGCUCAAACACAUCCACAAGAUAAGUGGCAAUCCUUGAGAGUAUCUUACGUGUUCCCUCCAUAGUGACACUUGCCAAACAUGUAAGCUCUAAAUACUUGAGACUAAGGACUUGAAAUUAUAGCUGGCCAUCCUUAAGUUGGGUCUGGGUCAUAAUUUUGACAGUCACUGCAUCAACUGUUACUGUAGGUAUAAAUAACGCUCCAUCGACGGAUUAAUGAAUCGACAGAGUACUGUCCCAUCUGUGGGAGAGUUGGAGUACCAAAUCGAUAGUAUGCUACAUUGACAGUAUCCCAAAUCGAUUAUACUUUACAUUGACAGUACACCAAAUCGAUAGUACGCGAUAUCGACUAUCAAAUACUUUCAUUAAUUAUAGGUACUAUCGAUUUGGUUUACUAUCGAUUCAUUAACCCGCCGAUGGAGCGUUUUUAAUACAACGACAAUCGAUGCAGUGACUGUCGAUAUUAUGAACCAGACCUCAAAAAUGACGUCCUGUCCCUCUCCGCAACCCCCAAAGUGUGACGUCACAUUUUACAAUAUUAGAAAUUGCGGCCGAACUCAGACACCACACGAAUAAUACAACGCAUCUCUUUGAAAGCAUUAAAUUGAAAUCCCUCUUCUGGGUACGGGCGUUGGAAUAUAUUUUUAGAAUGAGAUAUCAUGAAACUUAUGACUCCUCUCUCCCCCCAUACACACAAUGCUGCGUUUCAUUUAGUGCCCUCUCCCGAGCAUGUGAUGUAAUAUGCGCCCCAUGUGUAAUGAUUCCCUUACAGCCCUUUAGUAAAGAUGGCUUCUCUCAUCUCUUUUAUGUACGAAAAUUAUGCGGUCUUUAUUUGAUCAACAGGUGACGGUGUUUCUGUUGUGUGGGCUGAUUUUGCUGCAAGCGUACUGCAUGAAGUUGCACUACACGGGCGGUCUUCGACUCAUCACUUUGUUGCUGCAGUGUCCGUACUGGGCCAGGGCAAACCUGGCCAGCAGGAUGUGGCUUGUCAACGGCACUGUAGUUGCUGCCAACGGCAUGCUCGUCUAUGCAGCUUGUAGAGGCACUUUGAAGGCUUUGAUGAAUGAGCUGUCGUCGUCUCUUAGAAUCGGUAUAUCGCAGUACCUCACAGAGCCUACCUGGAAACGCUUAAUGGACACGAUGCAGAUAGAGCUCAGUUGCUGUGGCGUUGAGAAGCCGAGUGACUGGCACGAGAUACCCUGGAUCAACAUGGACUUCCUCAACGAGGAAUCUGACUUAGUUAUGAAAAUGGCCAGUGCGGAUGGUAAAGUCCUCCCACCAGUGUCGCCUUAUUCGUGCUGCACGCCGCGUGUUCUCGCCGCAUGCUACCAUGACCCUUUACAACAGAGCGAAUGCCGCGAGCUAUGGAGUGGGUCUCCACUUUUGCCGGCAUCGCUGCACGCGCGCGGUUGCGUGGAAGCCGUGCGGCAACCGCUAACUAAAGCGCUGUUAGCGCUGCAUCUCUUCAACGCGCUAGUUCUCAUAUUACAGGUGGUGAUCACGGUAUUGACGCAGUUGUUACGCACGAGCGCCCGCAGCGCCGUGCUGCGCGGGGACUGCGCCGGACCCGGCCAAGGGUGGCUCAUACAAACAGGGAAACAAUAUGUGCCGCAAGAGAAUCCGAGCGUCAGUGGUUGCAGCAACCGCUACAACGUCUGUACGAUCCGCGAGCACAAUUCACACAGGCAAGAUCUCAAUCAGCAAUUGAUAUCACAUUCUUAAGCAAUCUUUUCAAAUGUUAAACUUGCGAGUAGGGUUACCAUCCGUCCGAAUUAGUCCGGACAUGUCCAGACUUUUAGACUAUAGUCCGUCAUAGUUUCAAAUUACUUGAAUAAUAAAAGUACAUAUUGAUUUAAAUACCAUACCAUUGUAACUGAGUAAUGUUACCAUUUUGUGACUAAAAAGUCCGGGCUUUUUUCAGUCAGUCAAUGUCAGGACUUUUGGAAUUCCUAAAUGGUAACCCUACUUGCGAGUAACGCAUUUAUUUUAAGUUUACACCAUAAAAUGUAAUAUUAUUGUAAAUAUAUUAUAUAGUGUAGGUAUUUAAUGUCUAGGUUUGUAAAUAAAACUUCAACUUUCAAUCAAUGCAAAGGCUUUAU